CCCGUCAUCAUUCGUCUGUGGACGAUGGCCUGUUGUGCUGUGCUGGAAUAUGGCUGAGUAGGCACUGAGGGAAUUAGUCGGGAGGAGAUGGACUGUUUCGAGUCUGGACGGGAAUCCCCACUAAAACACAAGAGAAAACCUUGAAGAAACGCCAUUUAGCGGGGAGAUGUCAACGAAUGUGUUUUUGGGUUUUGUCUUUUGACUGGGAGUCCUGGACAGGAUUUUCAAUUUUCGAGGGAGACUGACAAAAACCAGCUCAUCCACACUGUCAGAUUGGAAGCAGCCUUUUCAGUUCCCUUGCAAGUCGGAUCUGUGCUGGUUCGGAGGCACACCGGAUUAUGUUGGUCAAGCUUUCCCUUUGUUCUAUAGUCUGGUUGAACCGGGGCUUUAAACUGAGGGGAGUGCUUUUGAUCAUGGGCCUUGGGCACCACUGAACAGCCGAGGGUAGCACCAGCAGCAUGAUGUUUACUUUAGGUUGACCUUGUCUGUGCUAUAAACACUGGUAUUUACAGACACAUCAGAAUGGCUGAAGCUUUUCAGUACCGUGCGCUCUAUGAGUACAACAAGGACCGUGAAGAAGACAUUGAUCUAAUGCCGGGAGACAUUCUGACCGUUGACCAGGCGUCCCUGCGCGCUCUGGGCUGCACAGAGGGCGACGAGGAGCAUCCAGAGCACAUUGGGUGGAUUGUGGGACUCAACGAGCGCACCAAACAGAAAGGAGAUUUCCCAGGGACCUACGUGGAGUAUCUGGCCCCCGUCGUGGCCCCUGCCCCCAACAAACCACGGCUGCAAAGACCCCUCCCCGCAGCCCCUGGGACUGGACCCCUGCACCCAGACUCCACCUCCGAGUUGCAAGUCUCCUCUCUACUUGACCUGACGGAGCAGUUUGCUCCCCCAGAUAACGCCCCCCCUAUUCUAGUCAAGCUGAUCGAAGCCAUUGAGAAGAAAGGUUUGGACAGUGAGACUCUGUACAGGACACCUGGCUCCCUCGCUGGCUCUGAAAACACACAGUCCCUGAGAACCGACCUGACCAUGCUGGACCUGGGGCAGUGUGACGUCCUCGCUGUGUCGGAGGCUCUGAGAUCUUACCUGAAGGACCUGCCCUCCCCAGUGAUUCCCAGCUCGGUCUACACUGAGCUGCAGUGUGCUCUGCAAAGUAACGUAGAAGCGUCUCCAAAGGAAAGCUACACACGGCUGCUGAGCAUUCUCGAGUCUCCUCUGGUCCCUCUCCAGAACUCCCUCACACUCCAAUACCUGCUGCGGCACUUCUCAAAACUGGGACAGUGCUGGGAGCAGAGUCCACGAGCGCUGGGAGAGCUGUUCGGACCCCUGCUCAUCAGGCUUCCAAACGCAGGCUGCGAUGUGAGUCUGGAUCUUCCUGUGCUCGUCCUGGAGAAGCUGCUUUUGAACAGUACCCUAGAGCCUGAGCAAGCGCCUCCAGCUCUUCCUCCGAAACCACCCAAGCCCAAGGCUGCCCCGAAUAGCCUGGCCAAUGGAAACAGCAUGUCUCUGUGCGAUGCUGAGUGGUACUGGGGAGAGAUCUCAAGAGAGGAGGUGAACGAGAAGAUGAGGGACACACCAGACGGGACGUUCCUGGUGCGAGAUGCGUCCAGUAAAAUCCAGGGAGAGUACACCCUGACCCUCAGGAAAGGAGGCAACAACAAGUUGAUAAAGAUUUUCCAUCGGGACAACAAGUAUGGUUUCUCAGAGCCACUGAGCUUCUUGUCUGUAGUGGAGUUAAUCAAUCACUACCGGCACGAGUCCCUGGCACAGUACAAUGCCAAACUGGACACCCGACUGCUGUGCCCCGUCUCCAAGUACCAGCAGGAUCAGGUGGUGAAGGAGGACAGCAUUGAGGCCGUGGGAGAGCAGCUCAAAGUGUACCACCAGCAGUACCAGGAGAAGAGCAAGGAGUAUGAUAUUCUGUAUGAGGAGUACACCCGCACUUGCCAGGAGCUGCAGAUGAAGAGAACAGCGAUCGAAGCAUUCAAUGAAACCAUCAAGAUCUUCGAAGAGCAGUGUCAGACCCAGGAGAGGUACAGCAAGGAGUACAUUGAGAAGUUCAGACGUGAGGGCAACGACAAGGAGAUCCAGAGGAUCCUGAGUAACUCGGAGAAGCUGAAGUCUCGUGUCACUGAGAUCCACGACAGCAAGAUGAAGCUGGAGCAAGAUCUGAAGAAACAGGCGGCCGAAAACCGUGAGAUCGAUAAGAAAAUGAACAGCCUGAAACCAGACCUGAUGCAGCUGCGCAAAAUCAGAGACCAGUACCUAGUCUGGUUGACUCAGAAAGGCACCAGGCAGAGGAAGAUCAAUGAAUGGUUGGGGAUCAAGAAUGAAGCUGAGGACCUCUAUUCCAUGAUGGAUGAAGAGGAGGACCUGCCACACCAUGACGAGCGCACCUGGUACGUAGGGAAGAUGAACCGCAUCCACGCGGAGGAGCUGCUGAGCGGCAAGCGGGAUGGGACCUUCCUCAUUCGCGAGAGCAGUCAGAAGGGCUCCUAUGCUUGUUCCGUCGUUGUGGAUGGAGAUAUCAAACACUGCAUGAUCAACAAGACAAUCACUGGCUAUGGAUUUGCAGAGCCCUACAACCUUUACUCCUCCUUGAAAGAGCUGGUCCUGCAUUACAAGCACACUUCGCUGGUCCAGCACAACGAUUCUCUGAAUGUAACGCUCUCCUGUCCCGUCCUGUCACAGCAGGCCAGAUGAGGACCUGACUCCAGCAAUUAUAGCAGUCAGGGUGCUUUACAAAUAUCCUUUCCAGUCCCCAAGCAAGCAGGAGUGAUGUACCGGAAAUAAACCUCACAACGAAGCAACACUGGCCCUUUUAUUUAAUUUUUUUAUUAGUCACUACACGCCCCGUAAUAGAUAUUUAGAAAUUCAAGAACAGCAGUCUGUACUAUUUAAAAUGAGGUGCUCAUUGCACAAAAUGUGGCUGUUAGAUGAUUCAGAAUUGGGAGACUCAAAACGAGUGACGAGCGUGGCAUAGCUGUGUAUCUGCCUAUCGGUGAUGGAAAGGAGAGAUGUGUAGGGUUGAAAGCCUAUGGUCGAUAUUACCUGCUUUCUUCCUCCAGUAUUUUCAAAGCUGCUUUUGAAUUUAGAAAUGAACGUUUUCGUAUAAACCAGUUCCUGAUACAGAAGCUUCAUUUUGAGAUCUUCAGAUUAACAAGAUUUGCGGACAUUUAACACCUGAAGAUGAUGGCAACCUUUUUUUGUUUUGCAAAAAUCUGUGAAUUUUGAGACAGUACUAUAUAACAGUGUGUGUGUGUCAUACAUAUAAAUAUAUAUAAUUUA